UGAUCAAUAUAUUUGUUAUGGCUAUUUAUUUAUAAAUAUUUGAAAAAAAAAUAACAAUAUAACUUUUCUAAAGUAUAAAAUAGUUUAUUUAGGAGUAGUAAUUAGCUCCUCUGUUCGUCUUCCUCAAAUUGCUUCUCCCAUCCAAAGCAGAAACAUAACUCUAGACUCGACCUCCAUUAGUGUCCAAUGGCGAGCGCGACAUUUUUCAGAUCUCUUCGUCGCCGCGACCUAGCUAACUCUUUACCAUCGGCCCACGAAACCUUCACUGCAAAGAUCAAUUCAUCACGGGCAUUAUCUUUUAUUGGUUCUAGACAGGCUGGCCUAGCUAGCCAAUUCAGCUCAAACUCCGGUAGAAAUGAUAGUAGUGGUAUUUACUCUGCAAAUGUGGACUCAGAUAUUGAGCACAAGGUAAACCCAUCUGUGGUUGCAUCUUACCAGAAGGGAUUAUUUGUUGGUUUGCCAACCAAGCAUAUUGAGUUUCACCGGGCUUUCUCCACAAUUGCGGAUAGACCUGCAAACGUAAGUGAUGAUGGGAAAAAGGUCCUUCGUCCAUUAUCACCUCACCUCGCUGUUUAUAAGCCUCAGACAAGUUCAACAUCAUCUAUUCUACAUAGAAUAUCUGGAGCUUACUUAGCUGCCGUCGUUUUCGGCUUUCAUGUUAUUUAUCUGAAAGUAGGCUCAGUUUGCCUCAGCUACAACAAUUUCUACCAAUUAUUUUUCUAUUCAUCAACUAUCAGCCAACUUGCUCUUGCAAUAGCUCCCGUAGCAAUUUCCUAUCAUGUGGUCAAUGGGGUUCGCCAUUUAGUUGCGGAUUUUUCAGGAUAUCUCUUUCCAAAAAUUGCAAGAAACAAGCUGAAAGGGCUGUAAAGUGGGACGACUCAAGUAUUUACCUUGUUCCCGAUAAAACUUUGUGUUUUGCUAUACUAUUUACUCAUUUUCUGCAAUCUUGUCAUUCUUGUGCAUUUCUAGAUCCCAGAAGCUCUGAUUCUUGGUACACCCUGGAUUGGAUCUGAUCUUACAUCAUCUGAUGAUGAUAUUUGCAGUUGAAAUAGAAACAAACAAGUGGUUUUUGAAUAAAUAAAUAUUGUGAAUUAUUAUUGUAUUUGCAUUCAGCAUCCCCUCAUAACCAUUUCUUAUUAAAAUUCAAAUUUGAAUAAAACUGAAACGAAUAUCAAAUGCACACCUAGUAUAUAUUUGGC